AUGACGACCAGCCUACUGCAACCCUCUGACCCGUCACUGCAAACGCAACAGAAUAAGCUGAGGAAGAAACAAAGCACACAAGCGAUGUACUAUAAUCGAUCAGCAAAAGACCUCAGCAAGCUCAAAAUAGGAGACGUGGUGCGUAUGAAGCCCACUCGUCUUGGCGAAAACAAAUGGCGAAAAGCAGUUGUCACAUCCAAACAUGAUGACCGAUCUUACUAUGUCAAAACGAAAGCGGGCGGAACAUAUCGACGGAAUAGAGUACACUUAAGAAGAUCUAAUGAGCCGUUCAGCAGCAGCGAGGAUGAUGAACCUCUGGACGACCUAGCAUUGGAUGAUGAUGGAACCCAGGAAGAGACAGCACCCAUAGGCCGAACCCAGGAAGAGACAGCACCCAUAGGGCCAACAACUGUUCCUGCACCACAAACCUUGGCAGGCAACAGACCACAACGUCAAAGAAGGCCACCCAGUUACCUUAAGGACUAUGAUUGCAAUUGA